AUGGACGAGUGUGAGCAGCAAGUUCUCCACGAACAACGACAAGCAGACAAACGACGCGCAUACAUGAUGACCAGUAAUUCCACGCCAACGUCGUCACAGCGCUCACCAACUUCUCCCUCUCCUUCAACAUCCGCAACCACCAUCGCAACUCCAACCACGCCUUCACCGUUGGAAUCGCUCAACCCAAUGAUUGCUCUUCAGUCGUCUCUCAUCUCAGGCAAAUUCUCUGAUUUGACCAUCAUACAUGGUACCAGGAAAUGGCAAGCUCACAAGGUCGUCGUCUGCUCGCAAUCUGCCGUUCUUGAAUCCAUGAUUGAGAAGCUCGAGGACUCUAAAUCCCUCAAUAUUUCAACGUAUGACCACGAAGCCACAGUGCUCAUGAUAGAAUAUCUGUACACCUCAACCUAUACAACAACAGUCACUGACAUCGCACCAUCCUUCUCCCUCCCACAACACGUCGCAGUCUUCGACCUCGCAUGCUCUCUCUCAAUCACCGGCCUGAAGUCGCUCGCGCUGCAAAAGUACUGCUACACGCUCAAGAACCUCAUCUCCAACCUCUCCGUCUACUUCACAUCCGUCCGUAUCAUCUACAAGCUCCCCAACAACCCCGUACACGCCGAGCUACGCCUGGCCGUCGUCGAAACAGCUGUCUUGGAAAUGCGCAAUCUUUUGGUAGAGGGUAGUGAGCAGAGAAGAGAUUUUCUGGAGCUUACGAGCAAUGUGCCGCAGUUCCAAGCAGAUAUUUAUGCAUACUUUCUGUGCAAUGGUCCUGGACCUGAGGUGCAGGUCGUUAGUGCUCCGCAAGAGCUUUGUCAGGAUUGUGGUGCUAGAGAGGAGGGUGAUGGGUAUAAAGUUACGACUGAGUGCAAGGGAUGUGGUGAAGAAAGAACUCUCGAGUUUCUUUAA